GGGUAUAACUGAGAAUUUGAAGAAAUCAAGAGACAAGCGCGCGUUCUCUCUCUAGAGACCUAGAGAGAGAAAGAGAAGAGAAGAGGUGACGGAGGGAGGGCGAUGGGCUCAUCUACUACUAUUCUUCUGUUCUUCCUGUUAGUUUCGCUUUCGACCUCCUUAUGUUCGAACAGUUCGAUCCAUGUCACAACAUUCAAAGGCAUUGAUGUGCAAAAUCCAUCUCUUGAUGUAACUCCAUCCACCCUCUCCGGCCAUACACUUUCUGCUCGUGGUUCUGAAGACGUUUUAUCGUGUGAGCGUAUUCGAGUUGCUGGUCUAUCAAGAUCAAAACUUGGGAGUUAUGCCAGUGUUUAUAAGGUUACUGUGGCCCCAUCGGUAGCUAUCCCUGAGAUAUUACAUAGCAAAAUUCAGAUUUGUUUUCUCCAGAAUGCUUCCCUUGGAUUAUGUCAAUGUGAUAAGGAUGAGUGGAAAUCUGUCCAGAAGGGGCUAUGGAGCUCUUUCAUGUCACCAUAUCAGGACAGAUACAUUGAUGUCAAGUUUGUUGGUGAUGUUUCUGGUUCUGUCACUGUCACCGUUGAAGAAGAGUUUCAACGAUGGCGUCUGCUUUGUCUUGCCCUGGGUUUUGUUUUACUGCUCUUGGCACCAAUUAUCAGCAGUUGGGUUCCCUUUUAUUAUAGCAGCUCAAUGGCCAUUGGUGUGUUGCUUGUCAUUGUAAUCCUUCUGUUUCAGGGAAUGAAAUUAUUACCAACUGGCAGGAAAAAUGUCUUCUAUCUCACUAUAUAUGGAUCAGUGCUUGGAGCAGGAUCUUUUCUGUUUCAUCAAUUUUCAAUGUUGGUUAAUUCUAUUCUUGUCAAUUUUGGGCUGAGUGAAGAGAUGCACAACCCUGUGUCUGUGUUUGUACUGGUCUUGAUUGUUCUUGCAGGAGCUGCUCUAGGUUACUGGAUUGUGCGGAAAUAUGUUAUUUCAGAAGAUGGAAGUGUGGAUGUUGGUGUAGCUCAAUUUGUGAAAUGGGCAAUGCGCAUCAUUGCAGCAACAUUUAUUUUUCAGAGCACUCUUGAUACUCCUUUGGCAAUGGGGGUACUGGUUACUAGUUUGACAAUUUGCUCUCUUGUCACUUCUUCAAAGUGGCAUGUUCUUGAGUAUCCAUAUUUUGAGGACGAGACUUGGCCACGAGGUGGUGCUUGGGCAACUCCAAAGCACAAUCGUGCUGAAUUCCUUAGUAGGUCAAAGAACAUGCGUGCUAGAAGAACAUUGUCGAAUAGCCCAAGGAAUUUGUCUGCUCGGUCCAAUUCUCCUGUUAAAGGUUUGGUGUCGCCUUCUAGCAGUAGAGUGGUACGAAAUCAGCAGGAUUACUAUUCUACCUUCCAUAAAGCACGUAACAGAAAGAAGUUCUCAAAGAAAGAGUGGGAGGAAUUUACUCAGAAAUCAACCCGGCAAGCGGUGGCUCAGUGGGCAUCCUCUCCAGAGUUCACUGAUUGGGUCAUAAAGCAUGCCGAUAGAAUACAACUCCUUCCAGAUGACAGUUCAGAUGAUACAAUGGGAAGUGGCUCAGAUUCCACAGAUGAGAAUGUAGAGAGUCGAUCCUGGCAUGGGUUAUUCAAGUGGUAGGCAUACGAGUAGAUUAUGCUAAUUAGCAGUAUGCAGCCUAUAAACAUAUUAUUUUUAACAGGUAAUACAUGAGGUGACUUUAGGAUAGAAGCUGAAUGUGGCCAUUUUUGUUAAAAUUUAGAUGAUCGUAUAACAGAUCUUGCUCCCUUUUUGGUGCUUCAUGUGGCCAUUUUUGUUUUUAAAAUCUAGAUGAUCAUGCAACAGGUCUUGCUCCCUUUUUUGUGGUGCUUGUUAUAAAAUGCUUCCACUACUUGUUCAUAAUGGAAGUUGAGGAGCAAACAAAUUUUUUUGUGGUGCUUGUUUUCAAAGGCUUCCCCUACUUGUUCAUAUAAUGGAAGUCGAGGAACAAGCAAAUUGUAAUUUCUGCACAUAUAUAGAUGUAGGCACUGGAACUGUAUUGCUAACCAUUUGAACACCUCUCUCUCUCUCACUCACCCACUCUGUGUGUGUGUGUGUGUGUGUGUUUUUUUUCAAUUGGCGUAUGUCUUUUUUGUUUUUUUCUUCUUUCGAAGUGGCAUCUGUAUUUAACUCACCCCUUGGCAAAUUAAUAUAUACUUAUUACGUCUGUAA